GCUGUUGACGUCUGCGGUCUUGACAAUACUGCAGAUCGACGCCGCUGCGGCGGACCCAAUCGUGCGAACGGCAGCGCUGCUGGCACUGGUGUGCACGUUGAUGUCUCUGCUAUACGGGUGUCUAUACACCGUCCGCUUCGGCUCCAUGAAGGCGAUGUACAAGGCUUCCGAAUGGGCCUUGGAAGCUCAGAGAACGACGACGAAUAGAUUUUGGAACGUCUGGGUCAUGUUGGCUAUGCCUGCCGUAUGGUUAUUAUGGUCAAUCAUCUCGUUCAUCGUGUCGAUCAUGGCCUUCGUAUGGCGUACCGGGGCGGGCGAUGAGCUCGAGCACGCGAACCCCUUCAAGACGCCCGGACAGGCGCUUGCGUCCCGCGUCAUCAUAUCGGCCUCUCUGUCGCUGGGAGCGGUGUACUUCGUGCUCGUCGUGCGUACGUUUACGCUCUACGGCGACCGGAUCGACCGUCGGUGGCGCGAGAACGUGCACGAGCAGAUGCGGCGAGAGCGCCAGCUCAAAGCGCGUGAGGCCGAAUGGAAAGGUCAUGCGGAAGGUGAUAGCUCACCUGUGGGAGAGAUGUAUGAAGAGAAGAAAGCCUCGCCAAGGGGGAGAUCGCCUGAGUUGCAGAUGUGUUAGUGAAGAUAGAUACAACGAUACUAUGUAACAGAAUUUUUUUUC